CGCCACGGCCGUGCGCAGACGGUUCCGGGCGCCACACGGUCCCCCACCCCACCCCAUCCCCUUCCUUUCCCCGGUUUUCCCCAGCAGCAGGAACCGGGCUCUCACCGCUCCCCCCAUGGCCUCCGCCCCGGAGGAUCCUGUUCUGGAGCGUUACUUUAAGGGCCAUAAAGCUGCAAUAACCUCCGUGGAUUUUAGUCCCAAUGGCAAACAACUUGCUACUGCUUCUUGGGACACAUUUCUUAUGCUAUGGAAUCUCAGGCCACAAACUAGAGCUUUCAGAUACGUGGGUCACAAGGAUGUUGUAACCAGCGUGCAGUUUUCUCCACUUGGAAACUUACUGGCAUCUGCUUCACGAGACAGAACUGUUAGACUCUGGAUUCCUGAUAAGAAAGGAAAAUCCUCUGAAUUUAAAGCUCAUACAGCUCCAGUUCGAAGUGUGGACUUUUCAGCCGAUGGCCAGUUUCUAGCUACAGCUUCCGAAGACAAAUCCAUCAAAAUAUGGAACAUGUAUCGCCAGCGCUUUUUAUAUUCCUUGUACCGACAUACACACUGGGUACGCUGUGCCAAAUUUUCACCUGAUGGAAGACUAAUCGUAUCAUGUAGUGAGGAUAAAACUAUUAAAAUUUGGGAUACCACAAGUAAGCAGUGUGUGAGUAACUUCACAGAUUCUGUAGGGUUUGCAAAUUUUGUGGAUUUUAACCCUAAUGGUACUUGCAUAGCUUCAGCAGGUUCCGAUCAUACUGUGAAAAUCUGGGAUAUAAGAGUGAACAAAUUACUCCAGCAUUAUCAAGUUCACAGCUGUGGAGUUAAUUGUGUAUCAUUCCAUCCUUCGGGUAACUACCUCAUCACUGCUUCUUCCGAUGCUACACUUAAGAUUCUGGACCUACUAGAAGGAAGGCUCAUAUAUACACUCCAAGGACAUACGGGUCCUGUUUUUACUGUUUCAUUUUCAAAAGGUGGAGAGCUAUUUUCAUCAGGAGGCGCAGAUGCACAGGUUUUAUUAUGGAAGACCAACUUUGAUGAACUGAAUUGCAAAGACGUUAUUAAAAGAAAUCUCAAAAGAUUACAUCUUGAUUCACCACCACAUCUUUUAGACAUCCAUCCAAGAAUACCACAUUCCCAUGAGGAAAAAAUUGAGACUGUUGAAAUUAAUCCAAAACUUGAGGUAAUGGACCUGCAGACCUCUACGCCCCCUGUCGUGGACAUCCUUUCUUUUGAUUCUACCACGACAACGGAAACUAUUGUAAAAACCCUCCCACACAAGACUGAAGAAAUGGACAGGUAUUUCUUGAAUCCUUCUCUAAUGUCGUCAGAAUGUUCACCAACAACCUUGAAGAAGAAAGCAGAAGACAUGAGCGACCUCCCUUCUGAGAGUCAAAGAAGCAUACCACUUGCCGUGACGGAUGCCUUGGAGCAUAUCAUGGAACAGCUCAACGUUCUGACACAGACUGUUUCAAUCUUGGAGCAGCGACUGACUUUGACAGAGGAUAAACUGAAAGACUGCCUUGAAAAUCAGCAAAAACUUUGCAACGCCAUCCAACAGAAAAGUUAAAUAGAAGAGCGUGAGCAGAGGCGUGAUACAUGAGCACAUGUGCAUGGACAGAGGAAGGUAGGGCGUGAGGCUCCACGUAACACAACCAUGUGCUAAUUAUCAUGGCAUUUCUCACAAGGGUGACCAACAGAAUAAAGGCAGGAAGAGGCAUAAUUAAGGAUGAAUUUAAACACACAAAUCGAUGUCAAGAACUAAUUCAAAUCAUUAUCAUUUACAAUUGCAGUAAUAAAGUGAUAAGCAUUCAAAUGG